AUGUCUUCUGAAGAUUCUACCAAAGAGAUCCGUCAUCGAGGAGGAAUUUCUUCGCCCGAAUUUGUCGACGUUACUACCUCUGGGGUGUCUUCUUCCACUUCAAGUACUCUCCGCAGAAGAAUUCGUAAACCCCGUACACGAAGACUUUUUUCUUCAAUAAAAUGGAUGACAUUAGCUUGGUUUAUUGUAUAUUGGUUUAACGUAUAUGACGGGGUUACAGAGAUUCUGGGGUGGGAAGAGUCAUAUUCAAGAAUCCUCUUUUAUUUAUCCUUAUCCUCAUUAUCGAUAACUUUUGGGAUAUUCUGUCACUUGCAAUUCAUUCGACCAAUAUUUCUUGGUGAAGCACCGCCGAAUUAUGGGGCACUGGAACAGGACGCAAAUUUGCGAAAAUAUAUACCAAUUGCUACGUUUUUAAUGUUAUUUGGAUUUGUUGGAUUAUGCGCGAGUGUAUGGGAAAUUUGGCAUUUUUGGUCCCCUUUAAUUGUUGAAAGAUUACUUGAAGCAGAAGCGAUUGUUGUUCAUCUUCGUUAA